AUUUUUUAUUUUAUUUCCUAACAUUUAUUAGAUGAAAAGAGAUUGAGAGUUGGUCCAGAAUCAUCGUCGUCAUCAUCUUCCAAGAUUUCCGGUGAUGGCAGAAGCAGAGGUUGUUGAUCUGAGAGAGGCUCUGCGGACUCAAUCAGCAGCUCUGUGGAAACUCUUUGCGGAGCUAGAGGAGGAGCGACAGGCCGCAGCGUCCGGCGCAGAGGAAGCGCUGUCGAUGAUCGUGCGCCUUCAGGAAGAGAAGGCAGCGGCGAAGAUGGAGGCCUGCCAGUACAGGAGGAUCGCAGAGGAGAAGCUGCGGCACGCCGACGAGUCUCUGUUGAUACUGAGAGAGGUCAUACUGCAGAAAGAGAUGGAGAUUGCGGCCCUCAGAUUCCUCGUGCAGGACUACAGACACAUGGUGGGCGGCGCAGGUUGGAUUAAUAAUAUCGAUAGAAUGAGGAUGGAGCAUCAGCAGUGGUUCAUGGGCGGCGGCGCACGUACCCUUUUGAGGAAGGGGAGCUUGGCCAGGAACAUCUCUUUGCCUGCGACUCAACUCGAGGAGCUCUCGUCUGAACUUCACAUCAGAGAUCAGUUUUGUGGCUUGCUGAUCGACGAGCAGUCUUCGAUCCGAGAGUCCGAUGCGACCAGAUCGAUGAACGCCGAGCUUAAUAGACCAGAAACAGUCGAUGCGAACAGGAGGAGACCUGCGAUCGAUCCUGUGAAACUGGUCCAUUUCAGCAACUGGGAUCAUGUUCAGGAGAAUCAAAAUUGUAGCCAUCUCCACGAGGCUCGUUUACAGGAGUUUCGUUUAGCUAACAAUCUCCACGAGGAUCAGCGUGAAAAGAAAUCGUUUGGGAACUCUGGGGAUGGAUCUUCUACGUCUCAAACUGAUGUCGAGCAGCUCAAAAAGCAGAUGCAGAAACUCCAAAAGGACAUGACGGAAAUGAGGCAUGGGAAUGUUGAUAAAGGAAGAGAACUGAUGCAUGUGCUAGGAAGACUCACUGAGCAGCUUGAUGAUAUAAAAUCCCAGGUUACCAAAGCAGACGCAAAUUCUAAGUGUCAUCGAGAAGAUGAUUAUUGCGCACUGACCUGCCUUCAAGAGGCAAUGCUAUCUUUCUGGAUUUAAUACUGUCAAACUGGAAAUUUGACAGACAGUGUGCCAAUGUUCUUUGAACAUUUGAUCAGAUCAAGGAUUCUGACUCUCUUUUUGUUGCCCCCUUUUUGUUUGCCAAGGUUGAGAUACUGUGAAACUGUUACAUAAACAUCUGUACAUUGUGAACAAUUUUCUUUCUUUUUUACAUAAACAUCUAUCUGUACAUUAGGAGACCCUGUUCU